AUGAGGAAGAAAACCAUAGCACACAAGCCUCCUCGUGAAAAGGUGUAUAAACUUCCAUCUAAGCCCUCCACUCGCUCCCAAGACCGAACCUUCACACCUUCACCAUCUCCUCCUACCACUCCUCCUCGCACUGCUCCCAUGGCGCGAACCAAGACAACACCACGAUACCCUGCCCCUGCCAAGCCGACGCCACCACCUAAGGCAACGCCAUCCAAACCAAGCUCUUCAAAACCUGGCUCAUCCAAGGGUAAGCGUCCUGCUGUUGAAGAACCUGUUGCUGAGACAGCAAAACCUAAGUCAAAGUCUAUUCCUGUGCGCUCACAAAGAGAUAACCCUCAUAGCCCUCUCAAAUCUGUUAGAGAACCAGACAUUGAUCCUUUUGCUCACAAAUCACACUACAUGACAUCUUACUCAGACUAUAACCCCCAUCGUUUCAAAUCUGCCAUGAACCACGAUUUUUUUGAGGGAGUCAUUCAAUAUCGCACUUUAUGUCCCUCUUUUCUUGCGGAUUUACCUGAAUUGAAAAAGAAAGGAAGUGUGCAUUCUUAUGUUAAAGGCAGAGACAUUAUCUUGAAUAAUGAAACUAUCAGUGAUUCCUUGAAGUACACUGAUGUUGGGCCGUGUACUUAUACAUCUGUGAAGUGGGAUGAAGGUGUUGACAUUGCCACUGAUGUAGAAGAGGAAGAUGCUUCGGAGGAGAACGGUUCUGAUGCCUAA